UUUUUCUGUUAUGAUAAAUGGUGUCUUUUGAAUACCCAGAAUAUACCUGUGAACUAAAGUAAAUUAGACAUUUUGAGACAGUCUAGUGCUGUGGACACUUGACGAUGAACACGUUGCUUGUUUGUAAAUGUAUGCUGGUAAUAGUGGCUGGUUGGUUUGUCUGUGGGUCUGACAGUUACAGUUUGUUUCACUCACGCCUCGCAGAGUACCAGAGAACAGUGGAUCAAGAUGAUAUUUGGCAGUUCAUGGGAAUCACAAGGGAGGAGUUCAAAAAAGAACAUAGGGACCUGACGCCCACAACAAUGGAGAAAAUUAUCACCGAGAUCAAACAAUUGACAACAAAUCUCCGAAAUUAUCUACUGUAUAAGGAAAAAGUCUACAAGUCCGAAAUUAUCCAACGAGAAAAUGGAAAUGAUGAUCUUGUUGACAUUGGUGGUAUUGUCGAGAAAGACCUAAACCACCUGACUAAAUCUCUGGGUAUCUCGCAGGGAAUUCAUAAUGCAGACUUGUAUAAACAGCCUGAAUAUGUGCAGAAUUGCCUAGAUGAAAUAGACACAAAUUUGGACACCAACGAGAAGAAAUACAUGUUCGUGUCGUGUGCUGUUCUGAUUUUUAACAAAACGGAGGAUACCCUUAACAACAAAGUUUUUGAUGAUUCCUUGGACAGUUUUAUCAACAUAUAUGAAGAUUACAUCAAAUCGAUGACGUCAUUUGUUCAACUUUUUCAUGGAUAUACAGAAGAGACCGGGACAAAAUACAUGAAGCGGAAUAUGGACACAAAGAUGCUUUUGAAGAACUUGACAAGAGAUUUAGAAGCGCUUGGUCAGCUUGUUGGUUCACAAUAAGCAGCUGGACAAACAGUCGAGAUCUCGUUUGUCCAGAAGACAGUUUUCUUACAUAUACUUGUAUUUCAUGUAGUAAAUAAACUCAACGUAGAAUGCAG